UCAGCUGAACAAUAUAGCCAAACCGAGUGUCGCGUACAUCACAUUGGAUAAAAUUCCCAGUCUUAACUUGGAUGCGAAGUUGUAUGGACACAAUAAUGUGUUGUGUGCGUUGCAAUCAGUUUUUUUAAAGAAACAAACAUUCAAUGUGUGUUUAUCUUCUUUUGAGCAGUUUAUUCAGAUAGAGAAAGUUCAAUAUUAUUUUGUUAACCGAAACAAUAAAGAAAUGCCAAUAAAAUGACUUUUAUAUUCUACAAAUUCCAUCUAUUAUAUUGAAUUGUGGUGUCUGUGUAAAAGAAAAAAAAAAAUAACACACAGAUUGUAAAUGGAUAAACUUUUGAUUUUCAUGGUGUGCGAACAAAAGAAGAAAAAAAGCCAUUCAAAAGUUAAAUGGAUGUGAUACAUCAACACGCGAAAACAGUGCGAUUAUAAACUGAAUUAUUUUCAUUUUUUUGCGUCCUUUCGCAUUCAAUGUUUAUGUCUAUUCAAAGACAAGAGUGAAAAAAAAAAAAACAAUAUUUAAAUGAAUCGUACAAAUGUCGCAAAAGAUGAUUCGCUUGUCACAGUCAGUCGUUAAUUAAAUAAAGUAAACAAGUGAAGAAGUGCCGGAGCGGUUGCAAAAUCAACACUCACACUCAAAGACAAAACAAUGCGAAAGAAUUGAGUGCGUGUAUGCGUGUAUAUUCCAAAGAUAUUAUGCACCAUGCUUCGAGCUAUAUAUUUAUAUAUAUAACUACAUUAUUUGAUACAUGACAAAAUAUAAUCUGGAAAAUUUACCCAUUUUGGCGUGAGAGGAAAAAGGCUUGGAGAAUAUAAAACAUGAUUCGAUCAAUAACGACGAUAUAAUAAUCGCUUAAUUUUUGAAAUGUGACAAUAGAUUGUUAUCAAUCAAUAAUGUCGAAAUAAUGGACGAUGGAAUUUAAUAAAAACGUUUAAUCUAUGAUGAUGUAUGGAAUGAAAAUGAAUAUGAUAUAUAAUAUAAAAUCAAUCCCAUGCACAUAAAAUAUCCAAUAACGAUUGUACGAGCAUAAGCGAAUUGAGGAAAUGAUUGGAAUUGCAAAUGUUAGCAAUAUGAGCGAAGAAUAUAAGUAAUCUUUAUGGCGGGGGGAAUAUGUAACUAAUCUCCGGUCAUGAGAAAUAUCACAUUUAUAUAAAAAAAAUGUGUCGUUUGACUGAACGUCAACUUUAGAAGAAAAAAAUUUAAGAAGAGGAAGAAGAAAAUCCAAGAAAAAUCACAUCCAUAAUAUCAAAUUAAGAAUCAAGAACAUUGGAGAUGUAUCAACUUGUUGCACUUGUGAUAGAUUCUUCUAUAAGAAACAAUGUAGACUACAAUCGAUCUCCUUGAGUUCGCAACCAAAUUCCAUUGAAUAAUCGUUUCAUAUUUAAGCGUCUCAAAAUGAAUGGAACAAUGAUCAUGAGCCUGUUUCACUGUUCGAAAUGCUUAAUGCGAACAGAUAUUUUGGUAUUAUUCAUACUUACACUGACAAGUAUAAUAAUACGAGUGAAUGCAUUCAACAAUGAUACACCAAAGUUUGUGUACAAUAAUAAGCAAAUAUCCAACAUAUAUACCAAUGCCAAUAAUAAUAAUAAUAUGAACAAUAGAUUUAGAAGCAUUAGACAGGUUUUGUACCAUACACCAUACAUUCAUCAAAACGAGACAUCUCGAUGGCAGAAAAUCAAUAGCGGUAUAUUCAAGUAUCGUGUUAAACGGAAAACAAAAACAACAGUAACCAAAAUAUCACAAUCAAGUGGACAGGACAAAAUAAUAGUACGACCAACACUACCACCACCAACAACAGCAGCAGCGACAGAUGCAGCACCAAUACGAGAUGACCCAAACAAUAGUACAAAUAUUAUGAAUUUUUCACAUAACAAACAAAUACCAGAGAUUCUAAGUUUUGUAAAUUUGAAUAUGUUGUUGGUGCUGAAUCAAAAGUCGAUACAUAAUAUUUUAGUAUUAAAUUUAUCCGGUAACGGUAUCAAGGAAAUCGAAGAUAAUGUACUCAAAUCACUUGAAAAUGUGCGUCGUUUGGAUUUAUCACAAAAUCAAAUCAAUGUAUUCAAUGUGAGCAUGUCGAACAACAAUAAAAUCAAAUGGUUAAGCGUAUCGGAUAACCAGUUGGUAUCGUUUAAUGGGAAAUCAAUGGCAAUUUUAAAGUUUUUAGAUUUGUCGUGUAACCAUAUUCAAAGCUCAUCAGAAAUUCAUUUAAAUGAAUUAAAUGAACUGGAGUAUGUAAAUCUAUCUGGUAAUCGACUUAAUAUAAUCCAACAACAUGUAUUUCAGAAAUUGAUAAAACUAAAAGUCAUCAAUUUAUCGUAUAAUCGGUUAAAAAGCAUAAACAACAACAUUUUCCGAGAUUUAAACAAUAUUGAGAGUCUUGACAUGUCAUAUAAUCAGAUAUCGUUCAUUGAGAACGAUAGUUUUUCACAUCUCAUGAAAUUGCAAUAUCUUGACCUAUCUUAUAAUCAAAUUGAAACAUCAUCAUUACGUGCUCUGCAAGGGAUACCAAAUUUGAUUAAAUUAUCCAUUGCAUUUAAUACAAAACUUGGGGGCGCAUUACAAGAAUUCAUUUCAUCAUGGAGUCUAAACGAGGUUAACAUGAGCGGCACUGGUCUAUGCGAAAUACCAAAUGCACUAGCCCAAUCCGUUCACACUCUCAACAUAUCCAACAAUAAUUUUGCGGUUAUUCGAUGCGGUGAUUUGGACAGUUAUCCAUUACUUCAGGAGUUAGAUGUGUCGUCGUGUCAAAUAUUUGAUAUUGAAGACGAUGCACUUGGUCGUUUGGACCUUUUGGUUUCACUUCAUUUAAAUAACAACAACAUAGCACACGUUCCAUCAAGUCUUCCAGUGAAUUUGGUGCGGUUAUUUCUGCAAAACAAUCGAAUUGCUGAAAUUCAAGCUUCCGCAUUUUCACAUCUUGUCAAUUUAGAAGUGGUUAACUUAUCGGGCAAUCAAAUAACAUAUUUACCAAGUUUACCUUUACCAAAGCUUCUAUUAUUAGAUUUACGGUCGUCGCGUCUCAAACGAUUAAGUCAAUCGAUUAUCAAAAUGUCACCAAGAUUGAAAGUGUUAUUUUUAGAUGAGAAUCCAAUAAAAUGUACCGAACUACAAGCGGUUGCCGAAUGGGCAACACCAUGUCGCAUCAACGAUGAUUCCUUUGAGGUUAGCUACUCAGAUGAUGAUAACGAUGAACCAACGAAUAAUGAAAUUUCGACUAAUGAAGAUGACGAUGAUACCGUAAAUAAUUACAAACUUUUACCAAAACAAUGCCAAUGUAAAUUGUCAUGUCGAUCAUUUGAUUAUUCAGUGCAGAUAGAUAAAUUACAUUGUAACCGCAAACAUUUAAACACUGCGAAACGUACAAGAAUGAACGAAACAUCGAAUAUAGAGCACACAACCACGGCAAACGAUGGUAAAUUAAAUGAACCAAAAGAAAAGUCAAAAGAAACUACGGUAAUAUCGUUGAAUGUUGAUUCGAUGCAAGAUGAUAAUAUUAUCACAAUGAAUCCAAGAAUUUAUGACAAUCAGAUAAAUAAUGUCAAAUUAUUGAAUGAACAAAACUUCGUACGAAUGAAUGAUACAAGUUUAUCGAUUGAUCAUGACAUUCAAUUGAUCUCAACAACCGGAAAAGAAGAUACAAUACAGCCAAAACACGUUCCCCAUUCAACCAUUGAAUUGCCCAUUAAUACUGGCACAACGAUUGUACCAACUGAUGAUAAUCUGAUAUCGUUAAAAUUAACGACACAAAGAGAUCUCAAACAACAGCAAUUUAAUGAAAAUAUCAUAACGAAUGAUAAUUUAAAUACGACUGACAAUACUUUUAUGCUAAAAGUGGCAAAUCUGAUGACAAUUGUGCCAAACAAAAGCAAUGUAACAACGGAUAAUUUGAGUAACCAAAAUGCCAAAAUGUUGCAUCAACAUCCAAUAAGCUUACAUGAAACUAAUCAAAAUGAAACGCGUUAUGACAUAAAAACAAUAUCCAGUCGGUAUGAUAAAUUUGAGGAUUUGAACACAACCAAUUUAGUGACACCACAAAUGGUUGCACAAGCACAUAUCGCCACCAUCACCACCACCACCACCACCACUACCAUUACCGAAUUCAUUUCGGGAGUAACAACAGUUGCUUCAUCACAUGAAUCCACAACAGAAAAUUCCGUAGAUUCAUCGGUGCUGUCGUCGCCAUUGACAUCCAGUGAUGACGGCAAUAUUGCGAUAAAUUACGAACAAGAACAACUGAAUCGACACCCCAAAUCCAAUGAUAGUGACCAUAAAGAGAACAAGUCCGAAGUAAAUUGGAAUAUAAAUAAAGCGAUUAGCACAACAAAUGAUAUGGCAAGCAUUGCACAGCAGCACCACUACCAAAAACAACAACAACAACUAACGAACAAAAAUCUUUCGAUAUCAGUCUGGAGAAAUCGAGGGAACAGUUCCAGUAGCAGUAAUAUGGCAGAAAGCAGCAUUCACAUUAAUGAAAUCAAUAAAAACCAACUGACGACGGAGGGAAAUCAAGUGGAUGCAGAGCAGCAACAGCAACACCGUACGGUAAACGACGAUACAAUGUCACGUGAAAUUUUCAAGAAACAACCACACGACCAAUAUAGCCAACAAAAAACAGUGGCAGCAUCUACUUUGAUAAACAAAAUAGUCGUUGCGACAACAACGACAAAACAAACACCAUUGAACAAAAUUACAACGAAAGUGAUGGUUUAUUCAAAUUCUUUUGCCAAAAAUGGCAUGUUAAUUAAUGACAGAAAUAACAAUGACUAUCAACAUAAAAGCAGUAACUAUGUUAGCAAUAAUGAAACAAAUACACCUCAAUUGCGUAAAAAUGAAACAAACCAAAAUCAACAAAACAUUAAAAAUUCGAAUGCAAUUGAAUUGCAGCAUCAACAAAAACAUCACGAAGAAAAUGCACACAUUGAAGAUGGAAAAUUGUUAUCCAUUUCAUCGCCAAUAUUAAAUGCACAUCAAGAACUUGCUAAUGAUACUGGAAAAGUGAUAUCAACAAAUAUCAAAGGGGAUAACUUUCGUGUGGCAAAAGAAAUAGACAGCACGAAAGCUAGUCUAAAGCCAAUGAGCUCAAAACAUUUAAAAAACGACAUCGAUAGCAAUGGAAAUACAUGGAAUAUUAACAGUAAAAGUGAUGGUGAUGAUGGUGGUGGUUAUAGCAAUGAACGCAGUCAUAGCAGAAAUGCUGAUAACGAACACAGCAGUGGUGAAAGCGAUGGCAGUGGUACAGAACAAAUGCAACAAAUCAAUAAUACGGCCACAUUCGCGACGGAAAUAAACGAAAAAGAGAAACCAUUAAUUGGCAGUAUAUCGCAAAAUGUAUCUAUUAUUGAUAAUGAGCACCAAUUUGAACGGUACAACAACAUUGAACAUUCAAUGCAUGAACAAGACACGGUCACGAUUACUACAACAGCACCAUCGCUACCAACAACACCAACGACAACACUCCAAUCAGCAAAUGACAAUGUCCAAGCACACACUGAAGAUCGAUAUGACAAUAGAGAAGGUAUUGGUAGUAACAUUAAUGACAAUAGUACUGUACACACUGCUGUAUCAGAACAAUGGUAUGAUGAUAAGUGCGCAACAUCUGGCCAUUCUGCUUUAUUUGUUGUUAUUUGCAUUGGAAUCAGUGUGCUUGUAACAUUUUAUUUUGUUCAUAUGUAUCGAUGUAAAAAACGAUACAAUCUACAUCAACAACAUCGCUACAGCAUCGAAUCAAUGGAACAGUUACAGCUUCAACAGCACCACCAACAACAGCACCAACGACAAUCUCAAAAUCUCCUUAUUGGCAUGCAAAUGGAAAUGCUAAGCUCAAAAAUACGAUACACAGAUACACCAAUCGAUUUGUGGUGACACAUCAACUAUUAGCAUAGAACAUAGGGUCAAACCAAUCGAUAGCAUUAAAUAAUAUACAAAUACAUAUAUAUAUAUAAAUAUAAAUGGGGGGAAGAAUGAGAGCUAAAACAAAAUGAUAUUGAACAGACGAACAAAGAAAUGCACUUCAACAAACGAACGUGAAAUUAAUCAACUAUCUACUAUGCGAAUUGUUUCAUUCAUGUAGUUGAACUCUAUUUGCACUGAAAUUAGAAUCGUUGCAUCUAAUUUGAAUUGAAGCAUACCGAAACAAUAGUGUUCCUCGUCGAAAGAAAAACCAAUCUUAUUUAUAUAUAUAUAAUAGAGAUGUAGCAUACUGUAUACAUAGCAUUAUAUAUUUUCUCAAUGAUUUUUCGAAAGCAUAAAAUUAUUUCAAUCGUUCUCCUUUAAGUUUAUACAGUAGAGAUAAAUGUACUUGAAAGAUAAAAGUGUAACCGACUAACUUGUCGAGUUGUUUAAAUGGAUGAAAUUAAACGAAAUUGCUCAAAUGAAUGUAAUAAAUAUUAAAUGACAUGUCAAACAGUAAUUGGUAAUAGUUUCUAUUUAGUUUGAAAACUGUUUGAAGAUGUGACAUUUUGGAUGAUGGUGAUUUAGCAGAAAUGUAUGUGUAUAACUGCCAAAAUACAUCUUAAUUGAGUUCGUCAAGUUGAAUAUACCAAACAUUUUACAUUGGGCCUAAACAAGAAGACGAACAAAAAAACAAACAUCGCAAAUUCUAUGUAUUAUUUUAUCCAAAUGCGAGACAAGUUGAAUGCCAAAU